CACAAUGCUCCACGAAUUCGUGAAAAGAUUCAGUUGAUCAAAAAGAAAUACGGGUUUCAUUCGCGUGACAAAAAAAUCGAUAGCUCGAAGAAGUUUAGUAUCAGUAUUUAUUAUGAUGACAAGGAGGAUGGUGCUAAACGGGAUAGGCGUAAACUCAAGCUACAUUGGUUUGAGAAGGAAGGCGUUUGGAAAGUCACAAAUUGUGUAAGAGGACAACGUCGUUUAGCAAUACUUGAUGUACUUUCUGGGUCUGAUGCGCCCGAUUUUCGCUUCUUACUAAAAACUUGCCAUAAUCAACCCGUCAACGAAAAACACGAAAAAGUAUUUGCUGAUCUCCAGCGUGAUGGUUUACAAUUACGAGAUGGGAUGUGGUUUAGAAUGGAUGAUUUCAAAGGGAAAAUCAAUGUUGAAUCUAUUAAACAAACAAUCAAAAAGAAGCGUUAUAUAAAUGAUAAAUUUCAAUUGUCAUUCCUUUCCGUGCUCGAUGCAACAAACAAGAAAGUCAUCAAAGAGGAUACCAUCAAUCUUAAAAAUCUCUAUUGGAAAACUUUUGAAGAGACUGUGGGAUCUGAUAUUUCUGAAAAACCCGGUAUAGGGGUUGGACCCGAUAAAAAAUCCUACCCAGAUCCAAUCUCCAAUCCGGUAUUGAGAUUCGAGUUUUUCGAGCAAAGACCGUCCUCAAUUCACGCCGGUUUAUAA